AACGGGACAGGCAUCAUCGCAUCGUCGCCGGCGUCCCCCACGCCAAGCACAGCUCCCGCGCGCCGUCUUCCUCCCCUCCCCUCCCCCCGGGAAAACCCCCGCUUCAAAACCCCCAUCCCUUUCGCUCUCGGCUCCUCCCAAGAACAGGCGACCGAUCGAGAGAGGAGGAGGAGGAAGGACGCUGCAGCGAUGGGCAACUGCUUCACCAAGACGUACGAGAUACCCAUCACGUCGGGCACGUUCGACCGGCCGCCGCCGUCGUUCGGCCCGCAGCAGCCGGCCGCCGGGCACGGCACCGGCAAGCCCCCGCGGCCGCCGUCGACGGCGUCGGGGCGGCCGACGCUCCCGAAGCAGCAGCAGCCGCCGCCGCUGCCCAGGCCGUCCGGCCGGCCGCCCCUGCCGGGCUUCCUGUCCGGGUCGCUGUCGCGGAAGGUGCCGGUCGGCGAGAUCGGCCCGGUGCUGCAGCGGCCGAUGGCGGACGUGCGCGCGCUCUACAACCUGGAGCGGAAGCUCGGGAGCGGCCAGUUCGGGACGACGUACCUGUGCACGGAGCGCGCCACGGGGCUCAAGUACGCCUGCAAGUCGGUGUCCAAGCGGAAGCUGGUGCGGCGCGCCGACGUGGAGGACAUGCGCCGGGAGGUGACCAUCCUGCAGCACCUCAGCGGCCAGCCCAACAUCGCCGAGUUCAGGGGCGCCUUCGAGGACGCCGAGAACGUGCACCUCGUCAUGGAGUUCUGCUCCGGCGGGGAGCUCUUCGACCGCAUCACCGCCAAGGGGAGCUACUCCGAGCGCCAGGCCGCCGCUGUAUGCAGGGACAUCCUCACCGUCGUCCACGUCUGCCACUUCAUGGGCGUCUUGCACCGGGACCUCAAGCCCGAGAACUUCUUGCUCGCCAGCCCCGCCGACGAAGCCCCGCUCAAGGCCAUCGACUUCGGCCUCUCCGUCUUCAUCGAAGAAGGAAAAGUGUACAAGGACAUUGUGGGAAGUGCAUACUAUGUGGCGCCAGAAGUAUUGCAUCGGAAUUACGGGAGAGAAAUUGAUGUCUGGAGCGCUGGAGUGAUCUUGUACAUUCUCUUAUGUGGUUCACCGCCUUUCUGGGCAGAAACGGAGAAGGGCAUAUUCGACGCAAUACUGGUGGGUCAAGUUGAUUUCAGUAGCAGCCCCUGGCCGACGAUAUCUGAAAGCGCAAAGGAUCUUAUCAGACAAAUGUUAAACAGAGAUCCGAAAAGGCGUAUCACGGCAGUACAGGCCCUGGAACAUCCAUGGCUCAAAGAAGGUGGUGCGUCUGACAGGCCUAUCGACAGCGCGGUCCUAUUAAGAAUGAAGCAAUUCAAGGCAAUGAACAAGCUUAAACAACUGGCGCUUAAGGUAAUUGCAGAGAACCUGUCACCUGAGGAAAUCAAGGGCCUGAAACAGAUGUUCAAUAACAUGGACACAGACAAGAGUGGGACCAUCACAGUUGAAGAACUGAAGAUUGGUUUAACCAAGUUAGGAUCAAAGAUUAGUGAGGCGGAGGUUCAGAAGCUUAUGGAAGCAGUUGAUGUAGACAAGAGUGGCAGCAUAGAUUACACGGAAUUCCUGACUGCUAUGAUGAAUAAACAUAAGCUGGAAAAGGAGGAGGAUCUGCUCCGUGCAUUUCAACACUUCGACAAAGAUAGCAGCGGGUACAUAUCAAGAGACGAACUUGAACAAGCCAUGACAGAGUAUGGGAUGGGUGAUGAAGCAAAUAUUAAAGCAGUACUGGACGAAGUUGACAAAGACAAAGAUGGGAAUAUCGACUAUGAAGAGUUUGUGGAAAUGAUGAGGAAAGGAAAAUAGACCUGAGGAAACUUGGGCCUCUUGAUGAACAGAGUUGUAUAGAGAUGUUUUAAUAUAUUGUAAAGUAUAACUCUGGAACAAGUUGCUUGCAGUGUGUAUGUAUAUAGAAAAGCAAUGUCGCCAUAUGCCCAAAA